AUGAAGAGGCUAGACGAGGCUCCUGGGGGCCAUUCUGCAGGAAAAAACAUCUACGGUGAGGGGGAAAAUCAAUCCGAGACAUCCCGUAAUAAGAGUCUGCUCCUUCCUGAUCGAUGGAAACCAUGCCAACGAACCCGAGCUACUUUCAAAGGUUAGAUUCAAGGGGAAAAUCAAUACAAUACAAUCAAUACUGAUAUGAUCUACAUCAUGGGGAAGGUAUUUGGAAGUCAGUCUGCAUUAUGGAGGUGAGAUCAUACAAGAAGUUGAGCUUUGUGUAGCCUCAAUGUGAGAUUAUAAUAACGUGGUCAAUGUGAACAGGCAGUAUGAUGAAUACAGAUGAAUUAUCAUGUUCUCUCCAGAGUGACUCCUUCAUAUUUCUUCAUUAAUCAAAGUUCAAGCUGCAGGUUUUCAGCCUUCAGGAUUAACCGCUCUGUGAUAUUUAAAACCAGAAGGGAAGUCUAGACAGGUGUCCAGAUUUUAACCAUGUUCAAGACUAAAAUAUUGAUAACUCUGAUAUAGAUGCUUCUUGUUUCUACAAAACACAUUGCUGCUGAAGAUUUUCUCAGAAGUAUUAACAUCUCUGUAACAUCAGCAGUGGGUCCCCACGACUCAAGGAUCCGCUCACACUUUACAGGGAGCAACAUUAUUGUAACAUGUAAAGAUUACAGGUUUUAGUGACCACUACUGAUAAGCUUUAAAUUGAGCUGAGGUAAAAAAUAGAUGGCAUUACUGAGACCAUGACGAUGAUAUACAGGGAACAGUACAUACAGCAAUGCAGUCUCAUGUCCUUAAAUAGGCAUUAGACAUUAGUGUUUUGUUAUGUUAUUGGUUAAGGGAGAUCUUUGAGCACAUCAGAAAUGCUUGAAUGUACAACAUUUUGCAUCUUUCUGUCCACAGAGUGUUUCCUAAAGCUAAGCUGUUGCUUGGGCUCAGUGUGUGGGUUGGAGUGGUACAGCUACGCUGCUUUAGGUGUUCUGAUGGCCACCUCUAGCUUCCUCAUGGACCUGAGUGUGACGAAACUGCUGAAAAGUACAGACACACAUAUUCAAAAUUCAGUUAUAUUCUGGGUGACAAAAAAAAAAAAAAACAGCUUGAUUAUGCCCCACUUUUCCCAUUUACAGCUCACCAGUGGUUGUAUAUGAAGCUGGAUGGACACAGCCUGCUGCAGUUCUGUUGCUGGACUCUUUACCCAGCAUGUCUUUGUGCCGUGGCAGCAUUUUUUUCCCACAACAUCUGUCCAUUCUCUGCAGGUCAGUCCAGCAACAAGCAAAAUGAAAAAGUUUAGAGUCUGUGUAGUUUGAACAGAGCUCUGCAAGUUCCUGAAUGGAAGUAAUGAGUGACAAUUUCUGGUUCAGCCUGAAUGAACAUCAUUGUGUGUGUUUACUGGGUGCGCCUGGCUGCCAAGUCUAAUGAUUAAUGUAAAGCAGUUGACCUUUAAGUAAUGAGAUCCUUUAAAUUCAUUUAAUAGUUAAUAGUAUUAUGGAAUUUGAAAAUUAACCAAAUGCACAAUGAACACCAGGUUGUGGAGAAAAAGGAGGCUCUCCAUCAGGAGAUAGUAAAAGACAGGAAAACCCUAGAGGAGGAUUUUUAGAAGAGCUGUGAGAGUGUGUGAGGGAUUUACAUCCUGACUUGGCCUCCAGUGUGCGUGGAGUGUGUAGGGAGAUGAAGCAUGGGAGUGAACUGUGUCAAAAGGAGGAAUCACUCCCUGAUGAAGUGGCUGGCUUGCCAAUCAUGUUGUGGAGAAUCAACAUAUACUGAGUAAAACAAUGCACAGGAGACAGGAUGAGAUUAGCCUGGGCGUCUUUUAUUGUACAGAUGUAGAAAUCAGUACAGAUGACAAACAGAGGCUUUUCUCCUACUCCCUUUUAUGCUGCCAGGUGUUUAUCUGAAUACAAUCGUGUACUGCUUUUAUCUCUAAUGUGUGUGUGUGUGUGUGUGUGUGUGUGUGUGUGUGUGUGUGUGUGUGUGUGUGUGUGUGUGUGUGUGUGUGUGUGUGUGUGUGUAUAGGUGCAUGUUUUUUCAUCAUGGGUACAUCAUAGCUAUCCUCCUGGAGGCUACCAAUGACAUGACACUCUGUUCUGAAAUUCACCACUUUGUUUAGAUUAGUCUUAACGUUCACAGAAAUUAGCUCUAAAUGUUUUGGCAGGCUGAUAAAUUUCGGUCCCUGCAAAGCACCCUUGCUUACAACUUCUCAGUUAUGAGGCUGCAUAAUUAGGCCAACCCAGAUUAUUUGUAACCCCUUGAUAAAAGAUAAUCACUCUAUAUUUCUUUACCUAAAUGUAUGGAAAGAUUCUACUCCACCAUGAAACUCCGGAGCGAGGUUGGAGACUCUGUAGAGGACACAGGAGUCACAGGAGUUUGGCUAGUGUCAAAACCAUUGAGGGGAAAAAACCCUGAGUUACUCAUGGAUAUAUAUCUUACAGUGAUUUAUGAUUAUCAUGCAUGUUCAUACAGAAAGCUUUGGACUUAAAUCUGGACAAAGGCAGUCAGAUAGCCAGUCUUGCAUGCUUCCUCUCUAAAGAUACUUUCUUGGAGAUGAAGAUUUUUUUUCUUGUCCGCUGUAAGAGACAUCUUCUCCUAAUUAACGGCACAUGUCAGCCGGAGGUGAAGAGAGAAAUGAGCAGUAUUUAAAUCCAUUAUCUGUCUUUAAGGUUUCUGAUAUUAAUGAGAGGAGCUUAUAGCUUUCUUUCAGGGAUGACCCUAACCUCUCUCUCUCUCUCUCUCUCUCACUCGCUCUCUGUAUGUCUUCUCUUUCAGGUGAAUCCUGAUUUGGAUUUUUGUUUCAAGUCUUUUUUGCCUGCCACUAAAAAUGAUCUUUGCCAUAAAGAUUAAACAAGAGCAAUGUUUCCCAAAGCAAUAUUAUCAGGCCCAAAUAUAUUGGCAUGUCAUUGGAAAAACAAACAUUUACUGUGAUUGCCACUCUCCUCAGGUUCAGGGAUACCGGAGGUAAGGGUGAUGCUAUCUGGAGUCACAAUGCCUCAGUACCUGUCUCUCACUAACAUGUUUACUAAAUUCCUCGGCCUUAUCUGCACGCUGUCAGCCGGCAGCACUGUUUUUCUGGGCAAAGUGGUGAGAGUCAUAUUACAGUUUUUCCUUUCCGAAUAUAAAACAUGCCAUGAACUACCGCCAUUUUAAACACAGAUGUCUCUAUUUGUCUCUGAACAUCAGGGUCCAUUUGUGCAUCUCUCCACCAUGCUUGGAGCUUACCUGAGCAACCUGUGCUUCCUCACUCAAGCAAAUAAGAAGGUAAAACCAAUGUAGGGAUGAGAUUCAUCCGUAGUUGUCACAUUUGUACUUCUAUCAUAGAUACUUAACACUCCCAUGAGGAACAGGCUGAUAUGAUAUUUCUAUAGAACUGUUCACAUCAUCAGAAAUGUGCAUUUUGGCAGCACUGGCAAUGUUAAGCUCCAUUCAUCCAGUCGAGCUUUUAACACUAAAGAGAAAUUGUCUGCCGCAUCAAAAUGUCUGGUUGUUGCGUGGUUGGCUGUCACAGUUGAUUUUCCACUGUUGACUCCACUUUAAUUGAAUUUAACCAGGAUCAAGACAGUUUUAGCGCAACAGGUGAUUCGAUUCUAAUGCUGCCUUCGAAUGGAGCUACAGAGUUCGUGAUGUGAGGGGAUCUCAAUAAAAGGUUUGGUGUUUAAGUAGUAAAUGAACAGAAAGCAGGACUACUAGGCAAAUGCAAGGUGCAUGCUAAACUAAAUUAUUGGUUUGAAAAUGUUUAAUGUCCCAAUUGGGCAAUUUGGUUUGCAACAGAAGUUAAACCACACACUGAUACAAUUCUCACAUCACAGAAAGCUUACAGCAGAAACAUUACAAAUAAAUACAUGUAAAUACACAGUCAGCACAAUUUCAUGGGUGCAGUGUUCCCAUCAAGCUCACCUACAUCUUACUCAAAAAACCACUGGCUGUUGGGAAAAAGGAUUUAAGAUACCUGUUUGAUUUGCCUUGUAAGUGAAAGUGAACCCUCUCUUAGGGUUAGGGAGAGGCUAAAAUUCUGUAUGGAGAGGGUUUGCCAGAAUGGCCUUUGCCCUCUGAGUAACUCUGGAUUUAAAAACACAGUCAGGAUCAUUAUGACUUGUGCCAAUAGUUUUUUUGGUAAAGUUUGCCAAUGUUCCUCAGCUUAUUUUUAUUUUAGCUGGUGAGGUUACCCAAAAAACACAACAUAGAAAAGGUUAAAAUAAAAUAAUAAUAGAAUAAAUAAUGAAAGAAGAGUAAAAAAAUUAAGGAAGCUUUUUUGUCAACAUUAAGACACCUCAGUUUCCUCAGAUAAAAUAACCUCUGAUUUGCCUUUCGACAGAUGGCAUCUGAGUUGGUCUCAAAGGACAGUUUGUUAUCCAGGAUGGUACCUAGGUAUUUGUACUGACUGAUUAUUUCUACAGCUUUACCAUAAACAAAGGUUUGGGCUGUGACGGGUUGAUUCUUACGAAAAUCAAGAAUCAUGUCUUUCGUUUUUGACACAUUAAGUUGCAGAUAAAAAUCGUUACACCAUCUAACAAAAUAGUCAAGCACAGGACCAUGUCAUGUCCCUUCUCAUAAUCUUGCAGAAGGCUUACAAGCGCAGAACCAUCUGCAAGUUUUAUGAUGAACCUUGAGUUGAAAAUACUUUCAGUCAUUAGUGUAAAGCAUGAACAAUAGAGGUGACAAAACACAACAAAACUGGCAUCAUGCUAAAAUAUACCUUUAAGCUAUGUCUUCACAGAAAAGAUUUAAUUAUAUUAUAUUAUUAUAUGAUGGUAUGAUGGUAUUUAUAACCCCCACAUGUCUAUUGAAUUUAAUGGCACAAUGGAAAAGAAGUAAAUACUGGUCUAAGGUAAAUAGUGCUUUGGCCUCCAUCUGCUGGUGAAGGCUGUCACAUAUUGUUACAAGGCAGCAGGUACGUCUUAAGUUAAGAUCCUUUUUUUAAGGAAAUGGGAAUUUCUGGAUACUCUUCAGGAGAUGCAGGACCAGGCGUAAAAUAUUAAUUUACUCCUUUUCCCAAAUUAAUAUGAUUUUGACUUGAACACGGCAAUGUGCCAGUAACUCAGAAUAAAGACAAAAAAGGCAGAUUUUCCAUCAAAUUAAAUUCUCUCCUGUUAGAUUGGCAAUGUUGCCCCAUGUUUCAGAUCUGUAAGUCUGAUAGAAGUUUGUUGAUCUUGGAUAAAGUCCAUUUCAUGAGACGAUGCCCCCAAGUGGACAAAAAGUGUUGCAGCUUUAACAAAAAGCUAAGGUUUUGGCAUUUGCCAUAAGCACAAAGUUAUAAUGGUCUCAUUUCACUGAGUUAAUAUUUAUCAAACAGCUAUUGAGGUGGUCCUAAAUGUCAUAGUGAAAUAGUUCUAACUAACUUGCAAAUUUUAAUUCUCUUUUUGUGAAAAUGAUGGUAAAGAGUUUAAUUUCCCAUGUGCUAAUAAAAAUAAAAACCACACUGCAUGAUGAUUUUGCUUUCAGUGUAAUGUAAAUGUGUGAGAAGGUAAAGCUCUUAACAGGUUAUGUUUCUUUCAGGAGAAAUCUGCCAGAGAAAUGAUGGUUGUAGCGUCUGCUGUUGGCGUGGCGAGCUGCUUCGGAGCUCCAGUCAGCGGUGAGGAAGAGCUGCAACAGCUUUAGCUUUAGUGUCCAUAAUCUUUGUAUGUUUGCUCAAGCUGUAUCCAUUUUCUUUACCUUGUCUGCUCAGCACAUCACCUCCCUUGAAUCGCUUUUUUAUCAUCCUCAUUCACAGCUCUAUGCACAUCCAUUUUUUAUUCUUAUCUCUCACCUCCUCGUAUUUGAUUCCCACUAUGCAUCAAACUUUGAUUGUCCUUUUUUGACUGUUACUUUUACAGCCUUUUUUGGGGUUAGCAUCUGAUAUUUGAGCUCCAGUUUCGCCCUCAUAAGGGGUUGUUAUCAGAAAAUGAAAACCUUUGAUAACAAUGAAAAUACAUUCACAUUUUUAAAUGACAUUUCAGAAAGUUUUUGACAGCUGUCCUGUGGGUUCAACUCUCUACCUUUGUCAAAAUGGACUCUCUGAAACUCAUCAUGGUUUUUCCCUCUGUGUUUUUCUCUGCCCACUCUUCCUCCUUCAGGUUUUGCUUUCAGUGUAAUGUAAAUGUGUGAGAAGGUAAAGCUCUUAACAGGUUAUGUUUCUUUCAGGUAUCUGCGGGGCACUGACUUUUCGUCUGUUCCCAGUGUGGAGUGGAGAUUUAGGUAAAGCAGACCCUGAUCAGAGCUCCUCACACAUCCUCAUGGUCAUUCCUGGUAAGAAGGAUAAUUUUCAAUGAUGUGUCUGCUCAGAAACACAUUGAAGAACUUGUCCUAAGUGCCAUGAAUAUGUUUAGGAAGCUAACUACAUUAUCUCUCAUCAGAUCAUUUUCAUUUAUUGUACAUAGGAUGUGUUUCAAGGUUUGAUUUGAGCAUACAAUCAUAUUUUCUGGUACUGUGUGUUUGCAAGUUCCUGGAGCAGUUUACCAAGUAAUUUUAAAAUAACAGCAUCCAGGAGCAUUUCUAGAGGGGCGUGGCCCAUAGACUGUAUAUACAAUGGACAACUUGGCCCCGCCUUCCAUCAUUAUAUGAAUUUGAAGCCGAAUUGCUCUUGGCAUUUUCAGGGUUUUCUCCACUUCCUGGAACCACCACUUGCACAGUAACAUUGUACACAUUCAGAGGGAGAGUUGCUGGGAGUCACUGUGAUGAUGCUCGGCUCAUCAGUGUAUCCCCUGGGUGAGCUAAGUAAACUUCAUACACCCAUAGGCUGUAUCAAGUGUCAAUUAAAAGAAAACAUGAACCCUCUAAUAACUUCUAAAAAUGGAGCUGCACAGAAAAAAGAGGACUUCAGCCCAAACCAGUCUAGCUGUCUCCACACAACUGUAAAAUCAUUAUUGUGGAUGAAUUACCUGUUAAGUCAAUGCUAAGACGCGAUUAGCCGCUCCUACUACUCUGGCGGCGUGAAUGACGCAAUUUGGCAUGAGCUGAAAUUGUCUAAACUUGAGCGGAUAUUUGUGUCAUGGUAACUUAUCAGCACAAAGGUUGCCGGGUGACGUAUGAAAACAGACUGUUGUUCACUGGUAUCUAAAAUGGAGGACAAACCCAUCGUGUCGGUGUGUGGGUGCCCUUAAGUAUAUGAUACAUUUUCUUUCAAUUACCAAAACUGGAAUAAAAAGGAGCUCACCUGAAGGCCAGUGAGUGAGGAGGUCAGAUUACUUGGUAAAAUGUAAAAAAACAUUUGUAUAUCAUUUGAUCCAGCUGAUUUAAUUGGCAGGGAGUACCAUUGAAAUUACCACUGACGCACAAGUGAAGCGGUUAAAUACUAUUCAUCCUUGCAUCUAGCUUUGUGUGAAAUAAGCAAGUAGAUGAUUUUACUCACGCUUGGUGUGAGCGCCCCAUUACAGUAACUACAUGUCAACAUCCCAAGCAGGGGGGAGAAAAAAAAUCAUAUUCUGUGUAAUUAAUUUCUAAAGUUUGUCCAAAGCUUCAUAAGGAUUGCUGGAGGAAGCGGGAUUUAUGACCUAUACUGCAGCUGUCACCAGAGGGUGCUGUCCUCGCGAUGGCUUCACCCAGCAAGGAGGCAGACAGCGUCCAUUCUAUGUACAGUCUAUGGUGUGGCCCUGUAUUAACAACACCUGUACAUAUUGUUCAGCAUUAGUAGUGCCUUCUCAAGCUAUCCAUGCCCUGUGCUCUCAUGAAUGCAUGUUUUUGAACUCUGGGCCAACAAAUCUUCAUUAACAACUUCAUAGACAGAAACCCUGCUUUGACUCAUGUUACAGUACAGACGUUUAAGCUUGUUAGUGAUAUUGACAGCUUUCUAAUUACGUAGUAUUACAAUGUCCGGAAACACUAGCACAGGCAUGAUUGCCAAAGGCUGAAAGAUAGUACGUUCCAGAGCAGAACAGAAUAAAAACAUUUUUAUAAGGUUAUUAUUUUUGUAAUUAUACAGAAAAAAGAAAGAAAGAUGGCUUUGAUUUGUUUCAUGUCCACAGAGACGCUCCAGGUCAUGUUCAAAACUAAUUUCCCCACAUCUUCAUCUUUCUACCCACUGGAGAUCCUGCUGUUUACUCUCCUCGGGUAAGAUGAUUUUUGACCUCAUCUUUAUGGUGAUUGAUUUGUUUUAUGACUGACAUACAAAAGCUGAUGUGAAGUAUUUAUUAUAGUAUUAGUCUCUAGGGUUUUUUUUUCAGGAGUGUCUUGAUCAUCACUUCCUCACUUCCACAUGCGUAAUGACUUCUGAUUGUCUACUGCUGAUUAAAGUAGCUCCUUUGUCUAAAUGCUUUCAGGCUGCUUUGUGGAGCUGUGAGCUGCUGUUUCCUCUUCCUCCACCGGUGGAUCCUGAAACUCUCUAAAACCAAUCCAAUCUUCAUUAAGAUGCUGACGACAGAGUGAGCGCCUCUUGUAAAGUGAAAGUCAGACUGUGAUGCAGGAAUGAGUCAUCUUCUGUGUAAGACAGGCUCAUGGGAUAAACAGAGUGCGUCUCUUGGAGAGAUUAUCUAUUGAACGUACUCAUGUUAUGUAAUCAUAUUUACAACUUCAAAAAUAGAUUAUGUAUAGCACAAAUUAGGAUUAAUGACUGUGCUGUGCCUUCGAAGCCACGCCAAGGAUCUUAUCUCUUAUUUAUUGGUUUUCUUUGUUCAAUCACAAGCAGAUCUAACGGAAAAAAAACACUAUAUACAAUGCAGCUCAUGUGCUAUAGAUCUAGAGGUCAAAGAAAGCUGCCGUCAAACAAGAUUAAGGCAAACUCUACGUGAAGUGAAGGAAAUUGUCAAAAUUGUAAAACUGUCACAGUGCAACUUAUUGCUGAACUUCUCUCUGUAGGAAGGCUCUGUAUUCUGGCUUGGUGGUCUUCUUCCUGGCAUCUUUGACAUUUCCUCACUCUGCUGGUCAAUAUAUGGCUUCUAAGGUAGGAAUCAACAUUUAAAGCCAUGCUAAAUAAAGGAAAUGAUGUGUAUUUGGGAACUUAUCAGAGCAUUCAUUUAUUUAUGUCUUCCUUCCUGUAGUUUUUAUUUUAAAAUAUAGGAUGGGAUAGGAAAGACUGGGAUUCAAUCAGCAUUCAGGCCCCUUAUAAUAAUGGGGAUCACACACCUUCAGACUGAAUAAUGGCCAAUUUUCAAUUAUUAGUCAUUUCAAUAAUGGCACACUAUUCCUAUGUUCUGUACAGAUACGAUAACUUCAAUAUUUUAGUAAACAUCAUGGACCAUCCUCAUGUACUUUGCUCCUGUUUCAUCUGACUGCGAGUGAGAUAACUGUGGCCUGUAAGCAUCUCUGCUUGUAAUAAUAAUAAUAAUAAUAAUAACUUUAUUUUUAAUAGGACUUUUAGGUUUACGAAGUGCUUUGAUAAAUGGUCAUAAAGCACAGAACAUCAGCACACAGAAAUAAUAACUAUUAAAAACGAAUAGCUCAGUUAAAACAAGGGCUCCGAAUUAAGGGCCAUUUUCAUAUGGCAUAAGGAACCCAGACAAUACAAGAACCCUGCAACAUAAAAUGAGACCAUGAGGACCAACAUAAAAACAUAAAAUAGAUAAGUAUAUAUGUAUAACAAAAGCUAAAAAGACAGUUACAGACAGAGGUAAAAGAGAAAAGAGAUAAAAGACAGCAUCACAUGAAAGCAAGUCUGUAAAAGUGAGUUUUUAAAAGUGUACUCAGGUCCAAGGUAAAUUGUAAACUAAUGGUGUAAGCUGGAUAAACUGUGGCUGAGGUUCCACAUCUGUGUCCUGAUUAUGAUGGCCAUUAACUGUGACAUUUGUCACAUCGUUCAUGAAUAGUCUUGAAAAUCUAAGAGUCAAACAUUGUUUUUGACUUGACUGUAAAAUAAAAUAUUUUGUAUGACGCUUAUUCGUCCCACAAGUAGGCUGAUCAGAGUUUGUUGCCAAGGUAACACCACUAAAUAUGGAAUUGGGAGGACUGUUUUCUUUCAGCUGUGUGCAUAAAUCAUUAUUAAAGUAGAGGAAUAAUCUUCAAACCUACUAUAGUGCUGAGCUGGUUAUGUCCAUUGUAAGUAGGAUGAUGUACAGUCAUGUGAAAUUAAUUUUAAUUAAGUUAAUUAAGUUGGGAUUUUAAUAAGCAUAACCACCUGUUCUCUGUACAUUAACCCUCAUAAAUGAAUCAGCGUCAGCCUGCAAACCAGAUUUCCUUUGGGGACAGUGAAGCAACAGUCAAACACCUUGUUUUUUUUAUUGAAUCAUAUAUGGUCAAACAGUAAAAUAUAGUCCAACCCCUUCCCUUUGUUUAUUCCUGAUAGUCUUGUAUUUGUUGAUUUGAUUUGCUGUAAUCGCUUUCACAGCUCACUAUGAAGCAGCUCCUCACCUCCUUACUGGAUAGCAGGCAAUGGAUCGUACAAUCCCACAAUGCAUCUGUUCAGCCAUUGUCUGAGUGGAGCUCAUCAGAGAGUCCUGUCUACCUGUCUCUGGCUGUCUUUCUGCUUAUGAAGGUACACACAAUGGAAGCUGCUAAUUAAGGAGUCCUUUAUCCCUGCACUGAUAACCAGCCUGAAGGGGAACAAGACACCAAGCUCAGCCUCCUGCUCCUUGUUCUCUUGUGUCACAGCGGACCAUAAUUGACAUGCAGUAAUUGACAUUUUCAUUGUAGAGUAAGCUGGCUAAAGACCGGUUAACCUUUGAGUCUGUAAUGUCUUGUGAUACCUAGGCCUCUCCCAUAGCAACGAUGCAGACAGAAAUCAUCGGUAUUCGUCAAGAAACCCCAUCCUACCUCCCGUACAUCAGUUACUCCUAUUUGUCACCUAAUUAGAGGGAAAGUCUUGCUUCUCACUGUUGAAAAAAAAACAUGGUAUCAGGUAUUCUGACUCAGAAUAGUUUCUUGAAGCGUCUCUCAGCUCUGUACUUUUCAUUCACUGAGGUCUGCUCUUCGUGACAGUGUUUUUUCUCCCAUUACUGCAUGCAGAUGGAAAUGUAAAUUGGCAUGAUUCAAUAUUUAUUUGUGCAAAAUUGAUUUGAGAGCAGUGCAAACACUUUCUGCACACGGAUCAACUGUGAGUCAUACUGUGCUACUAAAGCUGUUUUGGCUCAGAUUUACGGUGUGUAUUGUGCAUGUGUGAUGUUUGUGCAUGUGUGCUGUUGUUUCUGAGAUCUGGAUGUUGGUCCUUGCCUGCACUCUGCCUCUGCCAGCUGGAUACUUCAUGCCCGUGUUUAUCUACGGUGAGUGGAGGGAGAUGAUUGUAUUUUUCUAAACACCUGGACGGCACAAGAUUGAAUUUGAUGAUGAGGAAAAAGUCUUGCUGCAUAUUCUCACAUGAAACGGACGAUCAGGGUUGACUUAAUCUUAUCUGUUUUCCAGGCGCAGCUUUGGGACGUUUGCUUGGAGAGGGAGUAGCUUAUGUGUCUUUCACUGGAGCGAUAUCAGGCCAGCCAUGGGCAUCUAUAAACCCUGGGGCUUACGCACUUGCUGGUAGAAAAACAGAUCAAUAACUCUUUAGUGUUGAUACUCGAUGACAUUUAGUCUUGCCUGUAUAUGUGCAGUGGUUGUGUCUCAUUAUGAUUCUGGAUGUUUUGCACUUACCUUUGUAAAUUUUCUCUUUUUUUCCUUUUUUUUUUUUUUUUUUGAAGAUGAAGAACUUUAUUGAUCCCCGAAGGGAAAUUUAAUAUUUUUUAACAGAUUUUUUUACACUAAAUCUUCUUCAUGAUUCUACUUGAAAGAAAUUUAGAAAAUUUGGCAAUUUUUAUGCAUACUUUUUAAUUUUUUAUGUACAGGAACUUUCAGGGAGUGUUUAGACUGAUUUUAGCCAAUUCAGACUGAAAAAAAGAAAAACUUUAUGAAACUUCACCUCACAAACAAAUGGGUGACAUCACCAAUGCUAGGUCUAUUUAUGAAUCAGCCUAUGGUUUCUCUGUAAUGAAUGUAAAUGAAUGCACUAGGGCUGCAUGAUUAAUCAGUUUUAAAUUGUAAUCAGAUUAUUGGAUUAUGAUGAUGUUAAAAAAAUUAAAUCAUCAAAUUGAUUUUCCCCUCUAUCGUCUUGCUGCAAAGUCUGUCUGAAGGCGGAAUCAACCCGUCCACAUGUCCCUGGCAUGAAAUGAAAACAGGAGUAAAUGCAAACAAUUUUGUCAUAUCCGCAUUUCAUCCACAUGCAAACGGCGUUUCGGUUAACUGUCAAUGGUCCUUUUUUAAAACGGAUACGAAAGUGCAUAAAUCCAUAAACAACUACCAUUUCAUCUCCGUUUGGUUGCCUAUCUGCAUUUCUUGAAACGAUAAUGUGACACACAGCAUAACUCUUUUAUGGCGCCUGCGUGUGUCCAGCCAAAACUGCCUUUAUACACAUGCUCUGUACUCUUCUUCUGUCUUUUGUGCAUUUCCUGUGCAGCGUUACAGCGCAACUUACUGGCUUGGCAUAUGUACUACAUCAUUUUUUGUGGUUUCGUUUUGAGAGAUGAUAGAAUUUUAUUUUUUAUUUUUUAAGUGAAGUUUAGUGAAGUUGUCACUAAAUUAAAAAUCGAAAUCUAAAUUGAGCUUAGAGAAAAGGAAAUCAGGAUUUUAUUUUUGGCCAAAAUUGUGCAGCCCUAAAUUGACCCCCUUUUUUGUUGGUUUAAUGGAUCUACACACUGUUCUCAUAUGUUAGUGGGAAGGGGGAGUCAAUAUGUGCUUAAAUGUUGAAUCACACUCAUCUCUGUUCUCUGUUCUUUCUCUGUUCUUUGACCUGUUACAGGUCAAAGAGCUUUAUAGUGACUUGUCCUGUAAUCAGUGUUGUAAUCAAGUCACCAAACCUGGAGUUGAAUCUGGUGUUACCAAUUUAAGUUAAACUCAAAUUGAGUCCAUUACAUGUAGCAGAAUAGAUGUCCAGUGAACUCAAAUUCACCUGCAACUAAUGUGCUAUUUACGCAAAUAUAUAACUUUAACAAUUACUGUAAACCAGCUGUUAACAAUAGCAUCGUCAAAAGUCAAAGUAAACUGGGAAUCUCUUAGUCUUGCAAAAUAAGACAGAGUUCAUAUUUAUAUGUAAAUAUUAUACUGCACAUCUGAGAAAGUAACAAUAAAAAGUGUAACCAUAACAAAUAGUUCCUCGAUAUUUGUCUCAUAGGUGCAGCAGCCCUCUCAGGAGCUGUCACACACACUCUGUCUCCAGCUCUCCUGGCCGUAGAGUUGACGGGUCACUUCAGCCAUGUUGUCCCCAUCCUCCUCACUACUCUGCUGGCCAACGCUCUGGCCCGCUCAGGACACCGCCCGUCCUUCUAUGAUGCCAUCUCCAUCUGCAAAAAUCUCCCACACCUUCCCUCUUUGAAGAAGGCAUGCCCACAGUGAGUAUGAGACAGAGUGACGGAAAGAUGACGUGAGCUUUAAAUGAUGAAAGGAAAAUUCCUGUGAUUUUCUGUUGGCUGUAUUGCAGGUUUAAUGCUUGUACAUAAAACUAACUAAUUUUAUUGUGUACUUGUUACUUCACUGUCUGUCUGCAUAUGAUGGGAUAUGAUGCUAACAUCCUCAUGCAUAAACUAGAUAAAUGAGUUUCAAUCAUCUGCAUAGUAAAUCAUCUCCAGCUUUACGAUGAGCAAUUUUUAAUCAAGUACUCUGCAUCUGGAAAUACAUGGAGCUGUGUACAUGCUGUGCUCUCGUCUCAAAUUUUGAUAGAGUGACUUGAAAUGCUGUUGUGCUUUCACUGAAUCAUUGCAAUGCACCUGGCAGUCACUCACAGCAGGUGAAGGUAUGGAUUGUGUGAUUGUUCACAGCUGGGAGUCGCAGCAGGCAGCUCAGAAAUGGCUGAACCUGAGUUAUCGAACAAAAACAUCAACAGCCACAUACAUACCCCAUCUCAUAUCUCUCAGUUUGUUUCUCACUGCUUUCUAUGCUGAAAAUGGUUUAGUGGUAACAGCUAAACACAGCAUAUCAAAUGCAUUAACAAUGAUGCAACGAUCCUUGGGCACAAACAUGUCUUUGUUAUCACCACUUUCUUAAUUAAGAGAAUACCUUUGUGAUUCCUGAUUGGCAGACAAUACCUUUCUAAAAUACUCAAAAUAUUAAAAACCCGUGAAAGUUUGGUAAUACUCAUACAUUUACCCAUUUUAACUAUAGACUGUAUAUAGAAUGUGCGUUUGCCUCCUGGCUGGGUGAAGCCACUGCAAUAACAGCACCAGUGGACAAAGUUUAGAAAUUUAUUACACAGAAUAUAUUUUUUUCUCCCCCUUGGUUGUGAUGUUGACAUGUAGUUCCUGGCUUGUGCUCAAGUCCUGUUUUUUUUAAUGUACAGCUCCAUUUUUAAAAGUUAUUACAGGGUUCAUGUUUUCUAUGAUUGACACUUGAUACAGCAGAUGGGUGUACGAAGAUUACGUAUCACCUGGGGGAUACGCUGUUUGAGCUGAGCAUCAUCACAGCGACUCUGUGACUCUCACGCCGAAUGCGUACAACUCUACUGCGCAACUGGUGGUUCCAGGAAGUGGAGAAAAUCACGGAAAUACCGAGAGCUUUUUGGCUUCAAAUUUGUAUAAUGACAGAAGGUGGAGCCAAGUUGUUCAUAGUAUAUACAGUCUAUGGUUUUAACAGUUUUCGAGUAGUUUUGGCCACCAACAACAGAUAGCCUACUGUUCUGCUCUUCUGUGAGGUCUCUACUGUUGAUCAUGUUUGCGCAGUGAGGGUGGUCUGUGAUGUCCUGUAUGUUAUUUGUGGUUUUCAUAAGGACGUGCUUUUCUAUUAACAUGAAUUAUUAUCUGUAAUUCUUUGUUAUUCUUUAAUAGGACCUUAGAAGAAGCUAAAAGUGAGCAGCCCUGAAAACCUAAUUGCUAAAAGUGUGCAGUAACACAGCAUCUAGUUUUAGCCAAAAUUCUGUAUGUGACGUGAAUCGUCUCUGUUGCAGGCUCCCCUUCACACCAGUCGGACAGGUUUUAGAUGCAACAUCAGUGCAGCUUCAAAAAGCAGCCAAGCUAGAGGAGGUUCAGCAGGCUGUCAACACCAGCAGUGACACACAAAUCCCUGUGGUGGACUCGCAUGGUAUGCCGACAGAGAUAUUUCACAAUAUUUCACCCCUGUCUUCUGAUUGUAAGGAGUGAUACUUUGUUUAAACUUUUUCACAAAAAGGUAUAAUGCUGGAGGAAUAUUGGAGCUGGAGAAAUCAGCAUGAUCCUUAAAAGAGUUUUAGACACACGCUGGCCAAGCACACAGUAAUGACACCUUGUGGCUUGAGGAAAGACGAGAAAAUGGCGAAGACAAUGAUGAAAAAUUGCAGAAGCAGCAGCAAUUCAGCAGUGCAAAAGUGCAGGAGUGAAGAGUUGACGGGUAUGAGAGGAUAGCCUAUCUGUCAGCUCAGCUCUCAGCAAUCAUAUGGAUGAUUUUUUAUGUUUGAAGCAGGUGGUUUUCGGUUCACUUAAGGAUCACACAUGGUCUUCACUGUAGUAUCGACCAUGGUGAAGAAAAUUGAAAAUCCUCUUCUCCUUUCUGUUAAAGACUCUCAUAUUCUGCUGGGGUUCGCUCUCCGAUCAGAGCUGCUGAUGCUGCUGCGUCACUGGAGGAUGGAGGUAAAAAACUGGGAUGGAGUCAGACAGGUAGCUGCAGGGUUCAGAGGAAAGUGGAGGAGAAAAGUGCUGAAUGCUUUUUGAAAAAGAAAAUAGUCAUGUUGUUACAAUCCAUGUGACACUGACUGAAUUUUAAAGAGUGGGAAAAAAGAGAGGAUUGGAGCAGGAUGUACAAACUCUGGCUGAUUUAAAAACCCAUUUUGAAAACAACAGAGAGAGAAAAGAGAUGAUUAUCAAUAAUGGAUUUAGAGAACAGCAUUUAAGCACAGAGAAAUGAUGAGGGUUUGUUUGUUUGUUUGUUUGUUUAGAUUAGUUUAGUUCAUUUCAGCAAAACGUGACUAUUCAUCAUAAUUCCUACAGAAAUAUUGAAUGUUGCUGCAUAAAGCACUCUGUGAUCUGUUUACUCCUUGAUGUCUACAACUUGACCUACGGAUGGUUCACACAAUAAGGACCAAUAAGAUUCCAAUUUGUUUGAUUUAAUUUGAUUUAUUUGGUCAUUCAGUAUCACCUGAUAACUAUCAAUAUCAUUGUGUUUGUUACUUUUCCAGACAAUUGUAAGGAUCAGAGUUGCUCUACAUAAUUUUUGUCACGUGGUCAACAAAUGCCGGUAAUAAAAUAAAAUAAAAAAUCUAAAAAUGUGACUAGAAAAGAUGUGAAAUACUAAAGGUAGUAUGUGCUGGUGCUUCCUAAUGCUAACACCCACUAGUGGUUAUAUCAUGUGGCCGGUGAACUCAGUCUUAGUCCUGAUGUACAAUAAUGUUUGUCAGCAAAGCGCACCAAUGGGCAGAUUUUUAGAAAGUUUUCUAUUCACCUGUAAUUUCUGAAGUGGAGACUGAAAAUCAUAUUGCUUAUCAUCCUGAAACCCAACUAACACUACUUAACAGAGCCCAAAGCUGAUGUUAGUGAUAGGUCAAAGGUCAAAGACGAAGGAGAGACAGCGAAACCUUGUUUUGCCAGAUCACAGCUUGAAAAUGGUCCAUGGACUGGAUGAAAACAGGGUGCUGCAGACCAAGUACGCUUGGAUCUUAAGUGAAUCUGUUACUCUCUGCACCCCAAAACAAACGGGUAAAACUGACUUAUUUUAAAUGCUGUCUCAUUUAGACUCCUGAGAAACACCUGGACGAGAUCUGCUGCAUUUACCCGACCUCUGUCCUGUUAUCACCUCACAACACAGUACAGGAGGUAAGACACUAAAAAGUAGAUCAGUUAAAAACUUGUGCUUUAUAUUUUAGACUCAGAAAAGUACACUGGUACAUUACUUUGUUGUUUGCAAACAGCAUGUAAAUAAGUGAGCCCUCUAAUUCAAUCCGAUUGCAGCUAUGUUUUUGUCUUUAUGCAAAGUAUCAGAUCACAACAAAUGACUGCCUGAGUUUGCAACUUAUCUCAUUUUCAGCUUCCUCAUUCAAAACUUUGUGUCAUUUAGCAUCAUUUUUGGUCCAAUAAUUGAGCUGUGUUCAGCAAAAUACUCUGAAAGCCUGAUUCACACCAUUUUCUCACCACAAAAUAGUCAAAAGAGGGAGUAAGGGGAAAAGCAUUUCCCCUAAAGUGGCUGGAAAAAACAAUUAUCUCUGGUUCAGUUGCAUUUGUGUCCUCACAGGCCCACAGUACCCUGAGUCUGAUCAGACCUCAGAGCCUGUUUGUUGCAGACAGGGGAAGACUGGUUGGAGUCAUCACAUGGACAGAGGUAAUGAGCAUUAAACAUUAAAACUUACACAAAUGUAAUUAAUCAGAUCUAUUAUAUUCUCUUUAUCAUACAGGGAACUUCCCUCUGAAGCUUCAUUUUUCUGUUGUGGGCCAGGUCCCUGAAUGGAUUUGUUAAUAUUACGCAGACUGUGGGAGGCAAAAUCCCUCUUUACAGAUUCCAACUGUUUCUCUCUCUCUCUUCCCCUCCCUCCCUCUUUUUUUCUAUCUUUAUCCAUCCCCUUCUCCAGAUGACAAGAAUAUUAGAGGACUUGGCUAAAGACAUCAGCGGAGACACACAGGAAAUAAGCCAAUCCCCUGACCUUUGA